CCCCCGUGGCGCGGGCGGUCCCCGCUGCGGCUCGGCGCCUCCUGCUCCUCCUGCUGCUGCCGUGCGGCUGCUCCCCUCCUCUUCCUCCUCCUCCUCCUCCUCCUCCUCCUCCUCCUCCUCCUGGCCGCUGCGGCGCGGGGGCUGCGGGCGGAGCGGCGGCGCCAUGAGCGGGGCGGCGGCGAAGAGCGAGAAGCUGGACGAGGCUCAGGCGCUGGCCCGCAGCUGCGCGGGCAGACCCGACUUCCAGCCCUGCGACGGGCUCUCGCUCUGCGCCACGCACAGCCACGGCCGCUGCUUCCGCCUGCACUGGUGCUGCCACCUGGGAUGGUGCCACUGUAAAUACGUCUAUCAGCCCAUGACACCUGUGGAGCAGCUUCCCAGCACCGAGAUCCCCGUUCGCCCUCGGGAGUCCACGAACACGAUCCAGAUUGCCGUUUCGCUCACCGAGCACUUCCUGAAGUUUGCGCCCGUCUUCCAGCCCCCUCUGCCCCCCGCCUCCCCGCAGUUCUGCACGAUCGCAGACCUCUUCAUUGACAAUUACCGUGUGAAAUGCAUCAACGGGAAGAUGUGCUACGUGCAGAGGCAGCCUCCCCCCGCGCCCCACAAGACAAAGGCCGAGGAAGUCUCUGUCCGCAAUGCCUUAAUCACAAAAGAGAGCAAUACACCAAAAACAGAUCACUGCUCGUCCCCUUCCAGCUCGGAGGACUCCGGGAUCAACGCGGUGGGGGUUCACUACAUGGAGUCGUGCGAUGAGGACACAGAGGGGGUGGCCGAGCUAAGUUCAGAAGAAGAUUACAGCCCGGAUAGCAGCUGGGAGCCAGAUGAAUGCCCACUCUUGUCACCCUCACAGUGUGAAAUGGAAGUGAUUGAGACUAUAGAAACCACUGUGUGAUCCGACGAGGUGGUACCAGACCAGUCCAGUUCCCACUCAGUAAUGUUGCUUUUGUAGUAUUUAUAUUUUGUUUUGUUUUUCCUGACAAUCCCUUUUUUCCAGUGCACUCGGUAUUUCAGAUCCCUCUUGGGAGCGCGGCCGCGGGACUUGCAUAUAGGUGAACGAGCAGCAGCCUGAGCAAUUUUAACGUGUUCUCAGCCUGAUCAGACCUCCCAUGCCUGCACAUAAGGUAGCGAUAAAUCCUAAGACUCUUAUCGCUGAAAAAGGCCUUUUUCUUGGUCUGGGUUACAUCCUAUGUUACUUCUCAUAUGAGGACGUGCCACUCGAGAUGUUUUCAGCUGUCAGAAUGUUUGCAGUGGGCCUCCAAAGCACAGAGGGUGAGCUGGUGCAGCACGCCUGUGAGCAGCAAAACCAAGUUGUCCUUAUGCUUUCUUAUAAAUGAUGCGAGGUGCAGCGACAAGAGGCUCGUUCUGCCUCUGUCUGGCCUCCCGCAGUGCCCGUCCUUUUCUCUAAGUGUUGGUGCGACCCUCCCCGAACGCGUUGGCACCCCUCUUCCAGUGGGCUGGUAUGGCAGGCUAGAGAACGCACAAAGUGCCUCCAACUUUUCUCCAGGCUAUGCACCGAGCAUCUGCUGAGUUAGGUCAGGCUCUGAAAUCUCCUGAAAAGGCAAGUGUUGCUCCUGAGGCCAAGCAGUUGCCCGGAUCCCUUCUCUGCGUGGAUGUCUGGAAGGGGAUCUAGCUUUUACAGCUCAGCAGGAGGGGGAGCAGGCAGGGAGGAGGCGCGGCAGUCUAACCAAUACCAUUCCAGACCGGGGUGUAAAACGACAGGUGAAGGGAAGCGACUACCUCCAAACACACAAAUCCACCCUCAGCUUUGCCUGCUGCUUCCUCCCAUGCUGUUGGUGCCGGACACGCGCACUCAGGACCAAAAGGCCUCAGGGCCUGCAUUUGCCUGAAGAAAAACAAAGUUUAAAACACAAAAUCCUUCAGCCACACCACUGUGUUGGCAGAGUGCGGGGACAGCACGGAGGUGCCCGUGAGGUGGCCCAGGCACACGUAGCACAUGUGCUGUCCAGAUGCAGCCACGGCCAUUCAUGCUGAGCGAGGAGGCUUCGGCUCACUCUCCUCUGCACCCAGCUCAAGAGCAGGUUUUUAAGUUUUGCUCGCACAGCUGGUGAGAAGGAGCUGUGCUGCUGGUGGUUUUGUUUCAGCCCUCCGUAACGGAACAGAAAUACCUUUCUCAGAAGAUUUCAGUCAGCUUGAAUCAGUUGGAGUCAGUAAUAACUGUUUUCAACAGCAUUACUGGAUUUCUUUGUGUACUUGCUGUUUACGUUUCAAAAGUCAUCGGUGAAUAUCAGGCUGUAUAAACGUGUACAGUUUAGUGAUUGAUACUAGAUUAUAGUCCGUGUUAUAGGAUGGCUCAUCUCUCACUGUAUCCUGACAAUGUAUUACUAAUUUUAUACACUUUGUAAUCAGUAUCUUUAGAAAACGUUUAGGCAACAGUGUGUGUAUGUGCACAUGCGCGUGCUAGGAGUUUACCAUAAAUGGUUAUCAAGUAAUACUGUACUUUUUAGACUAACACUUUCAGACAAAAAAUAAUAGGUUUUAUAGUUUUGAUGAAUUAUAUAAAAAAAAGUGCAAUGCUUGUUAAAUGAGGAAGUCGGGCCAUUGCAUGAACAGAUACAUUCUCACAAGGCACUUAAGUACCCUGUUGUUGUUUUGAGGGCAUUUAAACGAAGGCUGUAGUAAAACUAAGUAAGGUUUUA